CACACCCACAAAAUAAUACCUAUAAGAGUGCUCGGAUGGUGCAAGAAAACGAAUUACUUUAAAGGUACUUCCAAAAUACAGAAAAUUGUCUGAAAGUGAUUGUAAACAGCAACUGUUAAGCAUUUGCCAUGUGCCAUAAACAAGUGUGAAUAAAUUACAAUUACACGCAUCCAACUGCGCAACAAAAUAUGCUAGGAAAAAGUGCCACACCGCCAGGACAACAAGAUGCUGCAGUGUUAAUUUAAGCAGCAACUUUGGCAACAUCACAGGAAACGGAAACCAGCCACGAGCAGGAACCAGGGAAGCCAAUAGCAAACUGAAGCCGAAGCUGUGGCAAAAAGCAUGCACUAGCCGUCCGGAGCUGCCCCGUGACUUCCCGUCUCUUUCCGGCGCCCCUACUGCCGUCUCUCUCUUCCCCCGCGACUCUACUUGAAGCUCCAACCCGGCAGCAGCAGCAGCAGCAGGCACCAUGAAUAUUGGCAUCGCAGCACAGAAAUGGGAUAAAUUGUCGCCGCGAGAGUUUUUGCAGCUGCAGGAGUUGGCCUCAUAUUCCACACGCAAGCUGCAGGAUGUGCUGCAGGAGUUCUGCUCUCCGAGCGCCACAGCUCCGCCAAAGUGCAUCCCGGAUGGGGACAUUGAUUUCGAUGGCUUCCGACGCUUCCUGGACGCCUUCCUCGACUGCGAGGCACCGCUGGAUCUGGCCAAGCAUUUGUUUGUGUCCUUCCUCAAGCCGAAUGUCACCCAGGCCCAGCUGCAUGGCCGGGCACUUAAUCAAAUGGCCGCCAUCAGCAGUACGGCAGCCUGUGCGCCGGUCACGUCCCACACCAAGGGCUCCAUACCGAACAUCAAUAGCAUCGCCGAGCUGAUGCCGCAGUGCAGCGGCGCGGGAGGCCCAGGCGGUGGUGGCAUCGGCGGUGGAGGGGGCGUGGCUGGGGGCGAGAGCCACGCACCGGCCCGCAGCAGCUUUGUGGACAAAAUCCAUGGCAUCACCGAUAAAUUACACCACUCACUGGGCGGACAUCUUUCCCACGAUCCCAGCAAGACUGGCAGUGUCCAUCCAAUGCUCACCGUAACUCCAAGUCCUUUGGCCAGCGGACCCAGCAUGUUCCAGGCCAAUAAUCCGGCCCGUCGCUCCGUGGACUCCAGUCCCUCGCACUCGCAGACCAAUCACUCGCAAAUGUCAAGGAACUCCUCCAAGAAGAGCAACAAUUCGGUUAAUUGCAAAAUUGAUGCUGACAUCAAGCUCUUGGCGCGAAAACUUUCCCAUUUUGAUCCACUGACACUUAAGGUCCCGCUCAAGGAUGUCGUCUGCUAUUUAUCACUCCUGGAAGCUGGACGUCCCGAGGAUAAGCUGGAAUUCAUGUUCCGGCUGUACGACACGGAUAGCAACGGAGUCCUGGACACGGCCGAAAUGGACGCGAUUGUUAAUCAGAUGAUGGCCGUGGCCGAGUACCUUGGCUGGGAUGUCAGCGAGCUGCGUCCAAUACUGCAGGAGAUGAUGGUUGAAAUUGACUAUGAUGCCGACGGCACAGUGUCCUUGGAUGAGUGGCAGCGCGGAGGCAUGACGACCAUUCCCCUCUUGGUCCUGCUAGGUGUCGACAGCACCACUCUCAAGGAGGACGGCAUCCAUGUGUGGCGCCUGAAGCACUUCAGCAAGCCGGCGUACUGCAACCUCUGCCUCAACAUGCUGGUGGGUCUGGGCAAGAAGGGACUCUGCUGUGUGCUUUGCAAGUACACGGUCCACGAGCGGUGUGUGCAACAUGCCCCUGCUUCCUGCAUCACCACCUACGUAAAGUCGAAGAAGCCCAAGUGCGGAGGUGAUUUGUUGCACCACUGGGUGGAGGGCAAUUGCUAUGGACGAUGCUCCAAGUGUCGCAAAAGAAUCAAGGCCUACCAUGGCAUUACAGGACUCACCUGUCGUUGGUGCCACAUGAUGCUCCACAACCGCUGCGCCUCCUCGGUGAAGAAGGAGUGCACCCUGGGCGAGUACGCCGAGCUGAUUGUCCCGCCCACGGCCAUCUGUCCGGCCGUAUUGGAUCGCCAGCGUUCCGUAAACCAGGCCCACAAGAAAUCCCAAAUGCAUCAUCACCAGGCCACCCACUUCCAAAUCACGCCGCCGGACGAGCUGAGCUGCCCGCUGCUGGUGUUCGUCAAUCCGAAGAGCGGCGGUCGCCAGGGGGACCGCAUCCUGCGCAAGUUCCAGUACAUGCUCAAUCCCCGCCAGGUGUACGACCUCUCGAAGGGCGGUCCCAAGGAGGGACUGACGCUCUUCAAGGAUCUGCCCCGCUUCAAGGUCAUCUGUUGUGGCGGUGACGGCACCGUCGGCUGGGUUCUCGAAGCCAUGGACUCCAUUGAACUGGCCACCCAGCCCGCCAUCGGUGUGAUUCCUUUGGGAACCGGGAACGAUUUGGCCCGAUGCCUCCGUUGGGGCGGCGGCUACGAGGGCGAGAACAUACCCAAGCUGAUGGAGAAGAUCCGGAGGGCCUCCACCGUAAUGCUGGACAGAUGGAGCAUCGAGGUAACCAACACCCCACCCAUCGAAGACUUGAGACCCAAGGUGACGCUGCACUCGAACAUGCAGAAGGUGAUUGAGCUGUCGCAAAGUGUUGUGGUCGACAAAUCGCUGAUGGAGCGGUUCGAGGAGAUCCAGAGGCAGGGAAGGCAACACCAGCCACAGGCAACAGCCGCUUCCACCACAUCGAUUAUGAUGGCCACGGCGGAAACGGCGACAGAGUUCAGCAGCACAACCACAACCCGGACAACAACCACGAAGAGCAUUUCGAUGUCCACAUUCGAGACGCAGUGCAUGAAGAAGACCCUGAGAGCCACCUUGAGCAGCAGCAGCAGCAGCAACUCGAGCAGUGCCCACACCAACGGCAAUGGCAACCAGCCAGCAAGCCAACAGCAAUCGGAAACGGAGGCCGAGGCCGAGGCGGAGGCGGAAGCUGAAGCUGAAGUCCUGCAGCAACCAGAGUCCGUGGGCCGAAGGAGGACCGAUGAAACGGAAAAGCAAUCACUGGAGACGCUUCUAUUGCAGCACAAGCAGCAACUGCAACAGCAACAGCAGCAACAGCAACAGCAACAAGGAGCCACCGCAUCCGAUACCGGAGAGGAAGCUGCUACAGCAACACCAUCGGGGAAUAAUCAAAGCGAUAAUAAUAGUCAGCGCAAUAAGCAAAACAACAUCCUUAAACAGCAAAUUACAUUGUCAUUGGAUUUGUCCGACCAUGAGGAUGGCGAGGACGAGUAUCCGGAGCAGGAGCAACCGAGCAGUCCACAAACACCAAUCACACCGACAACACCAGGACAGCAUCAGGAGCAACAGCACCAGCCACAUCUUCAAUUUGAGGAGCAACAACAGCAGCAACAGAAGCCCAUCAAAGUGCAAUCGGACAAGGAUUGCACUGUUCCGUACAACAUUAUAAACAAUUAUUUCUCAGUUGGUGUGGAUGCCGCCAUCUGCGUCAAGUUUCACUUGGAGCGGGAGAAGAACCCGCACAAAUUCAACAGUCGGAUGAAGAACAAGCUCUGGUACUUUGAGUAUGCAACGUCCGAGACCUUUGCCGCAUCCUGCAAGAACCUCCACGAGAGCAUCGAGAUAGUGUGCGAUGGGGUUGCCCUGGACCUGGCCAACGGACCCCACCUGCAGGGAGUGGCCCUCCUCAACAUCCCGUACACACACGGCGGCUCCAACCUGUGGGGCGAGCACCUGUCCCAGAAGCGAAUCCGCAAGAGUGCCGGGCCCUUUGGCAAAAGCAAGAAGCUACGGGCCGGCGACAAGGAGUUUUCCGCCACUAGCUUUAAUUCUGUGGACCUAUCCGUGGCAAUUCAGGAUAUUGGAGAUCGCCUAAUCGAAGUAAUUGGUCUGGAGAAUUGCCUCCACAUGGGCCAGGUUAGAACUGGCCUUCGAGCCUCCGGACGUCGCCUGGCCCAGUGCAGCGAGGUGAUCAUCAAGACCAAGAAGACGUUUCCCAUGCAGAUCGAUGGAGAGCCCUGGAUGCAAAUGCCCUGCACGAUCAAGGUGACCCACAAGAACCAGGUGCCCAUGCUAAUGGCACCGCGCUCGGAGAAGGGUCGAGGAUUCUUCAACCUGCUGUGCAGCUGAUUCCGGCGCAGCGCAUCGAGCGACUUCAUGGGCCGUCCGCCCACGGAGUCCGCCGAUGAGCUGGAUGAUGACUUUCGGAUCGUCACUAGGAGCACCACCGUCCAUAACAUAGCCUAGCACCGAUAGCUUUAGCCCUAGUCCACCCGCGCUUCACACACCCCCUAGUCUAAGUUCCCCCUCUGAUGUGUAUAUGUCGAGUGAGUUACAGAGCUUUAUAAUUAGCGAUAGAUUAGCCAAAUAUACAACCAACCGAUUCAAGCCCAUUCCAAGAGGAUCUGAGUGCUAAACUGUAUAUAGUCCCGAGGGGAAUCCCCGGCAGUUAGUCAGUGUUAUAAUUGUUAACCGUGCAAAGGCUUUAGGUGUACAUACAACAUAUAGCGUAUAAAAUUUACUCGAACCGCAGAAUAUUUUAAGAACACUUUAAGAAGCGAUUAAAUAGCUGAAAAAACUUGUCCAAUAACGCAACUGAAAUGAGACCAACCAAACAAACCAGAAAAAAACAAAACUAACAGCAUUGUAGUGCGAAUUUUAAGCAUUAGGCUUAAGUAAUUUAUUCCGUCAUCGGUUGUGGUGGGGGUUGCUGGAAUCGAGGAAGGUAUCGAAGGUACUGGGCCUAAAUGAAACAUAUCACUGACCUCCGACUCGAGGAACUGAAUCUCAGAGAUGGCUUUCCGGAUGAGCAGCACCCGCCACAGGAUUACCAAGUUUACUUUAAUUUUUUAGUUUUUACUGUACAAUGUAUAUAGCGAAUAAAAAAAUGUAACUUGAUAUGCAAAUGUCAACUAAAUGGUGCAGCUUUAAAUAAAAUUUUAUAUAUGAGUACAUAUAUUGAGAUGACAUGAAUCGGACGUUGAAUAAUACAAUGAAAGUGUAUAUUUCGUAUAAUCAUAUAUGUAUUGCCAAUUAGAUCUUAAUAUUAAAAUACUCUUAGAUAAAACAGAAUUCAUUUUGAAAUAAAUACGAAAAGGGCCAAAGUUACCCACCAAAUAACAUUUUUAGCAUGAAUAUGAACAUUCCAUAGAAACCUCGAAGAAUUCUAUUAUUUUUCAAUAUUUUUAAUCACUUGUAAAUUGAAAGGAUAAACAGCAGGAAAAAGUUCAAAUGGCACACACUAUAUGAAUGUUAAAAAGAGAAUACAUCACAUACAUUAAACUUAAGAUUUCCUGGAUGUUUGAUGGUAAUAAAUAAUGGAGAUUAUUAGAAAACUUAUAUAUAAUUUAUCUAAUAAUAUUCAAAGUCAUAGAACAUAUACGAAGCAAAGAGUAAAUGUCAGAAAAAAUAUAUAUUCAUUAGUCUCAUUAUUAAGAAUUAGUUCAGAGAAUAAUCGCUAGCCUCCAGCUUCGAUUUAGAAUUCAUUGGCAAACAAAAGGUAUCCAAAUUUUGUAGAACUUCGAAGAUUAUCCUACUUGAUAGGUAGCAAAGUGCAUCCACUUGGAGUCUUAACUGCAAAUCCAAGCUAAUAUACAUAAAAAUCGAUUUAAUUUUGCAAAUAAACAUUUUCAAUGCGAUUCCUUGCGCCCACAGCUCUAGGAUACCCCCAGGCGGAGGAUCUAGGUUGGUGACGAGGGACCGCGAAUGCCACACAGUAGCCAGUUAACAUUAAUUAUAAAUGAAACACGUAAACUUAGUAAAAUGCAAAGCAAAGUGGCCCAGCUAUGGCCAGGCUUGUGUACAGUACAAGUAAGGAUAAGCGUAUACCUGUCUAUAGUACUCGUAUAUUAAAACUUUAAAAUAAUCGAAAAGUAACUACUAGUCGAUAUUACCACUAACAUUAACGAAGAGAGCGAGUGGAACUUGCAAACUAUAUACUUUUAGUCAUAAUAUAUUUAAUGCAUAAGUAGAUGAAUAUACAUAUUCCGUUAAUGGGAUUAUCCUUUGUGUAAAAGUUCCAUUUUUAGUAGCUUUAUUUAUGCAUUUUGUUAAUCCUUUAGAUUUAACACGGAACUAUGGAUUCCAAUAUUGAACAGUAGGAUUACUAUAAGUAAAGUAAAGCCCUCUAAAAAUGUUCCCGUAUUUUAUGUACAAUUUGGGUCUUCACUUGUGCCAAGUACGAAACGAGAUGCGGCCGGAAAGCCCUCAAAUAUAUUGUAGAAUAUUCAAUGUCGAGGUCAAACCACUAUAAGGUAACAAGUUAAAUGUAAAUUAUUAUCCACACAUGUAUACUCCUAUAACCAGUGUUUGAAACAACCACCAAUAAAAUCCAAUUACGUGUAUUUUGUGGUCA